AUGGAGGAGAGUACAAGAAUUUUCGUCUCUGGUCUCCCGCCAACCUUUACCAAUGACCAAUUAAGGAAGCACUUUGCUACUCGCUUCCAGGUCACGGAUGCUCAUGUUUUGCCCAAACGCCGAAUUGGCUUCGUGGGCUUCAAGAGCUCCACUCUAGCCAACGCGGCUGCGCGGUACUUCAAUAAGACAUAUAUAAAGCUGUCGAAGAUCUCAGUAGAAAUUGCUAAACCGAUUGAUGCUGAGCCCACACGUAAAGCUCAUAAACCCGAUGACUCCUCGGAGAGUACGCUCAAGCGUAAGCGGGAUGGGGAGAAACCUCCACAAGAUCCUAAAGUGCAAGAGUACAUGUCCCUGAUGCAACAUUCGUCCCACACAAAGACGUGGGCCAACGACGAUGCGUUCAUCCCGGCUGCGGAGGACACUCAGAAGCAAGACCAAGCUGCCGAGGCGGAUGACACACCCCAGGAUCUCACCUACGCCCAAAGGAAACGAGUCAGGAUCGCAGAUGGCCAGGAGAAGAGCGAAGCCCCAGUCGCUACUCAAGAGCCUGAGUCCAUGGUCGUUGAUGCGGCCGGGGAAGAGGAGACUACGGAGCAACAGGACCCUCAACCCGAGGAGCAACCUGCCGUAUCUGACUCCGAUUGGCUGCGGUCAAAGACGAGUCGUCUCCUGGGUCUUCUGGACGAGGAGGAGCAGGCAGAGUUCAAUGCUCAACCAAGUGCUCCUGCUCCGGAGGAGCCGAAACCUGUUGCGAAAGUCUCUACAGAUCCUGAUGACGGUGAGUCGCCAGAUGGUGCGGAUGCUAGUAAAACAGCGGAAGCGCCACCGCCGGUGGAUACGAAUAUCGAGAACAUCCGCCUGUCUGCGCGUCUCUUCGUAAGAAACCUGGCGUACGAUAUCGCGGAGUCGGAUCUGGAACCACUUUUCACACCUUUUGGAAGGAUUGAAGAGAUUCAUAUCGCUUUCGAUACCAGGUCAAACACCAGCAAAGGAUUUGCAUACGUCCAAUAUGUUGACUCAGAUUCAGCCGUAGAGGCUUACAAGAGUCUGGACGGAAAGCACUUCCAAGGCCGCUUGCUGCACAUCUUGCCGGCUUCUGCGAAGAAGACUUACAAGAUCGACGAGCAUGAGUUGCAAAAAUUGCCUAUCAAGAAACAAAAGGAAAUCCGGCGAAAAAUGGACGCUUCUUCCUCCAAUUUUAGCUGGAACUCCCUCUACAUGAACACUGAUGCUGUCAUGUCCUCCGUGGCUGAACGGUUGGGAGUCUCCAAAUCUGAUCUUUUGGAUCCCACCUCAGCAGACGCUGCGGUGAAGCAAGCACAUGCUGAGACGCACGUUAUUCAAGAAACGAAAGCUUACUUCACCGCGAACGGUGUCAACCUCGACGCGUUCAAGCAGCGGGAGCGUGGAAACACCGCCAUCCUAGUAAAGAACUUUUCGUUCGGCGUCAAAGCUGACGACCUUAGGAAAUUGUUCGAGCCGUACGGUCAACUCACCAGACUACUGAUGCCUCCUAGUGGCACGAUAGCCAUCGCUGAGUUUGGGAGACCGGACGAGGCGCAAAAAGCCUUCAAGGGCCUCGCCUAUCGAAAGGUUGGAGAUUCGAUUCUCUUCCUGGAGAAGGCCCCUAAGAAUCUGUUCGACCCGUCGGUCGUGCCGCAGAAGGUCGUCGAACCCAAGGCUGUCUCGCAAGGUUUCUCGACGGCGGACACUUUCGCAGCCGAUGAACCCGAGGCCACCACGGCCACCUCGACCCUAUUCGUAAAGAACCUUAAUUUCUCCACCACGAAUCAAAAGUUCGUGGAGACCUUCCGGCCACUGGAGGGCUUUGUGUCUGCCAGGGUCAAGACCAAACCUGAUCCCAAGAAACCCGGCCAAACGCUCAGUAUGGGCUUUGGUUUCGUCGAUUUCCGGACCAAGGAACAAGCUCAGGCUGCUCUUGCCGCAAUGAAAGGCUACAGUCUGGAUCAGCAUGAACUGGUAAUUAGGGCGUCUCAUAAGGGCAUGGAUGCCGCCGAAGAGCGACGCCGGGACGACACAGCGAAGAAGAUCGCAGCAAGAAGAACGAAAAUCAUCAUCAAGAACUUGCCCUUCCAAGCGACCAAGAAAGAUGUCAGAUCGCUCUUUGGUGCCUACGGCCAGCUUCGGUCUGUUCGGGUGCCUCAGAAAUUCGACCGGUCUGCUCGUGGGUUCGGUUUUGCUGACUUCGUAAGCGCUCGGGAAGCGGAAAAUGCCAUGGACGCGCUGAAGAACACCCACUUGUUAGGUAGAAAACUGGUGUUGGAAUUUGCCAACGCGGAGGCGAUCGAUGCCGAGCAAGAGAUCGAGCAGAUCGAAAAGAAAGUAGGGGAACAGCUGGACAGGGUCAAACUACAGAGGCUCACGGGAGGAGGUCGCAAGAAAUUUACUGUAGGGGCCCAGGACGAGGGAGAAGACUAA